AUGGACGACAGCUGGACCCGCCACUUCGACUCAAACACCCAGCUCUGGGCCUCCACCAACAUAUCCACAGGCGAAACAAAAUACGAAGAUGACGCCGAGGAUCCCCAGCAACAAGAGGAACCCCCACUAAACGACGAAUACCGCCUCAUCUCCAUCGUGCGGCGCAUCGGCGGUGACCCGGCCUUCAAGCACUGGGCCCUCUUCAUCGAGGACAAAGACGGCGAAAGCGAGGGUUUUGAGUGCGAGAUCGAGGGGUCGAGGAAACGGUUUACGUAUGCGGAGAAUCGGGCGAGUCCGAAGACGUCGGGGGGGACGUUGGAUAUGCAUCCUGUGGGUUAUGUGGAUACGGAGAAUCUGGAGAGGGUUAGGGGGUUUGCGAGGGAGUCGAGGAUACGGAAUGAGGAUGAGUGGUGGUGUUGUCAGGAUUGGGUAUGGACGCUUGUGGAGGAGUUGGAGGGGGUGGGGUUGCUUGAGCAUGGGGGGGACUUUGAGAGGCAGAGGAGGGAGAUUCGGGAGUUAAAAGGACCGCAUUUGUAGAAUAUGCGCUGUUGGGCCGGUGUGUGACCAGUUAGAAUUACAUAACCAGACCAGGCUACAUAACCACACACUGCUUCUUCCUCUUCUUCCCCUCUCCCUCUCCCUCCUCAUCCUCCUCCACAUCACCCCUCUCCAUCCUCGCACCACCACUCGCAAUCCUCACCAGCGCCGGCAACCUAUCAUACCGUCUCACCUUCUUCCUUUUCCUCUUCCCCGUCUUAGGAUUUACCAAAUCCACAUUCCGCACCGUCUUCCCCUCGCUAUCCUUGGUUAACACCCAGUUUUCGAUGAUACGCCCUUUUUUAGUGGUUUUCCAGUAGUGGUUGUGGGGGUGGUGUAGUGGUUCUGGUUUGCUGGGGGAGGCUGGGG